CGUCGCCCAGGUGAACAAGAAUAUUCUUAAUGCGUUCAAUGCCGGUCCCUCCGAGGCCAACAUGGACACCAUCAUCAAGAACCUCAAGGUCAUCUACACGCAGGCGACUCUUCGCUACGCCUACCUCGUCAACGAGGAUCUCGCCGCGGGCACCGACUGGAACGAGCACCAGGCUGAGGGUUUCGCCUUCUACAACAACAUCGCCCCCUACGUCAAGGCGAAGUCCGCCACCGGCCACAACAUGCUCGAGAACUACUUCAACCCCAAGGUGGUUCCCGACUCUUACAACUUCUUCGGCUACUGCAAGGCCAAGGCUGUGCUCCAGGCUGCCGACUCUGCCGUCUGGUCGGCGAUGGGCACCUUCGAGGAUGACAUCACCUGCCCCACCACUUUCCCCACCGAGGGUGUGAUCACCACCAAGGCGGGUUCCUACGUUCCCGUAAACCAGAUUGGCGCGUCUCUUUCCUUCGCCGGCGCUAUCAAGGCUGUAACGUCCCUCCUCGACGAGUCUGUCGUUUACACCACCGUGAAGUCCAAGUACAAUGCCGUCGGCCUUCGCGGUGAGGCUGGCCAGAAGCGCACUGGCGAGCCCUACUACGCCUCCGCCAUCAAGUUCUUCAAGGAGGCUGACUGGGUCAACAAAUACAUCGAGACCGCCUUCGACAGCAGCAGCACCCUCGCCACCGCCGCGCGCCUCGAGAUCAUCGAGAAGACUGCCCGCGACAACGUCGCCGUGCAGGCUGUCAUCUCCGACCUUUACAAGGCCCAGGCCACCACCGACGCGGAUCUGUCCACCGUCUUCUGGGACCACGCCGCGGCCAAGUACCUCGGCCCCGACAUCACCGACGCUAACACCGACCGCAGCCAGACGAUCUACGCUCGCGCGGACAAGCGCGCGGCCAACUACGGAACCCUCGACUCUACCGGCAAAUUUGCCCUGGCGAACAAGGCCGUCAUUGAUGAGUUGAAAGCCGCCUCCACCAUCCCCUCGCGCAAGACGGCGUACACCAAGAUCGUGACUCAGAUCAAGGUCAUCUACGCGCAGUGCGUCCUCCGCUACGCCUACCUCAUCGACGCCAACCUCGGCAACUACGUGGAGUACCAGGCUGAGGGCCAGGCGUUUUGGAAGAUCCUCGCGCCGUGGGUCAACGACGUGGACGAGAACGGCGCCAUCUACCUCGACGGCAUCUUCGACACCGCGCGCGCGCCCACCCACGGCGACCAUUUCUGCCACGCGAAGGAGAUCAUCGCGAAGCUCAACCUUCCCGCGACGGAUUUUGGAACCCUGGAGGGCACCGCGGGCAUCGACUGCACCGGCCGCACCGCGCCCGCUGACGCCGCCGCUUGGCUCGCCACGGCGGCGCCGGUGUCCGCGGCUCCCGCGACGCUCCGCGCCGGCAUCUUCGCCGCGCUCGCGUCCGUCGCCGCCGCGCUCCUGCUCGCCUAAGCGCACGAGCGCGUCGUCCUCACCGGGGCGAAGGGUCUCGCUAUUAUUACCCCCGACUCUAUUCCCCGAACCAAUUCUUUUUUCCGCGCCCAGUCGAUCGCCGCGGCGCCGCGCGGCCGACACGGGCGCGGAGGAGCGUCUGUUUACAUUAAGGGUCACCUAGCAACGUUGUAAUACACGAAACGUGC